CUUUAGAUGACUCAUCAUAACAGCAACCAGGAAGUGCUCCUAACUAAACACGUACGGUGAAACAGCUGACACGGGACUGUAGCUGUCAGGUAUGUUUGCCUGUAAAGUUCCUUAUGAAGAUGGCUUAAUGCGCUUUUUAAAGACUUUUAAAGUGAUUCCAGUUCGUUUAUCUUCAAAUACACGACGGAGACAGUCGACAAAAACAAGACGUUUGUGAAUGUGUGGAUAAGCGUCUGCAGCUUUCCCACUUUCAUUUUCCCUCUAAAGAGCAGAGGCCAGUUUUAUAACCAGGACAUUUGUAAUACUGUUAAUAUUUACUGUGUGUGUGUGCGGUAAGAACAGAGUUGACAUGUGCAACAACCACACCCUGAAGAUACCUCUAGACGAAAAGAGUUGCAUAAAGUGUUGAUACUAAUAGAAAUAGACGACUUGAAAUCAAUUAAAGUCCAUGGUAUAGAAAUAUGUGCAAGUCAAAGAAAAUAUUGAGUUUUAAUGAAUAAUGUAUGGUCAUUUUGAGACUUAAUGAAUGAGAGAUUCAGUAGGAAUCAAUAAAAGCAACAAUUCUGGUAACAGUGCUUUAAAAACAGAGAUGACUCUUCAGUGGAAAUCACCGCUUGCACUCAAAAUUGUUCAAAAAUGAUGGUUUGUGAGUACAGCCUGUCACAACAUUCACAAAUGCAGGUUAAAACUGUGCAAUGCAAAGAGGAAACUAUGUAGACAUGAUCUAGAUUUGCUGCUGACUUCUUUUGUUUAAAAUGUAACACAACUGUACAGAAUCACCAGAAAUGAUUUUAUCACACGGGACUUUGAUUCCACUUGAUAACUCCCUGAAAUUUGAUGGAGAACUUACCAGGAGGUGGUUUAUACAAGAGAGGGUGAAAAUUUUCUGCUUGUGCAGUUAUGUAAUUGUGAAUCAUUAACAUAAAAACAUGUAAUACAGGUUAGUCUGCGUUAUUAAUGUCACAUCAAAGAGACAUGGGGUUGCAAAGGGGCGCAAAAUUUCCAGAAACUUUCCAUGAGAAGUAAAGUUGGGGAACUUCGAAAAUAUUCCAAAUUGGAAACUUUCCAUGGGAAUUAUGGGAAUUUAUGGGAAUAAACUGGAAUUUGGGGGUAAUUUAAACAAACUGUCUCAUAUCCAAACAUAAAUAUUUUUGUUUUCUCAUCAGCAGACAUCCAUACAAAAUAAUACAAUUAAAAACCAUAACACACAUCAGAUGGCGAACGUGGCAUUUUUCUGUAGACUAAAAUAACAAAAAAAAGCUUGUAAAAACACUAAUGCAAUGGCAUGAACAGAAAUACAGUUGGAAAGCAACUGGAAUGGUCUUCAAAAUAUUUGACAAUCGAUGUAGAAAUUAUUGUAUGGUUUCAGAAAACUGUCUUGCAGGAGUCAGAAGAAACAGCAUCACAUUUGAAGUAGCUACCACCACUUUAAUAAGCUAGCCUCUUAAAUAGUCAAUGAAAUGAAAAAAAGCUUACAUUUAGCACAUAUUUUUAUUCAAUUUUUGCAAGUUAAAUACUAAUACUAUUCUAGAUCAAAUAUAUUUACCCCAUAAUAUCAUCAAAACGUACUUGACUUUAUAUAGUCCAUGGACUUAAAUGUCUUGUGCUUUGGGCUCAAAAGUGUGGUCUCCAGGGUUCAAGAAAUCAUCUGAAUCCUGAUGGAGGAAUUCACCAUGCAUGUAGGGGGUGUGGCCUCAAAACCCCUGCAGUAAGCAGUGUGCUGUGUGCAUGUGAUUGAGGAGUGUACUUGUAUUAAAUCUGAUUGUUUUAGCUACCUUCAAUUUUGUAAAUUUCAGAUGUAUUCCCGUUAAUUUCCAUGGAAAGUUUCCAACUUAAAAAAUUCCCAUAAUUUUGCAACCCUAUCAUGUCACAUUUUGAUGGCAGAUAGAAGGAUGUGAAUGUGGAGUAACAGCAUUGGAAUAAAUGGAAGCUUAUCAAAAAGUAAAGAGGACUAUAAUAUACUCUUCAGGGCAAAGUAACAGCAUGGUUUUGUGUUGUUCAGGAUGGCGGGCAGACUCUCCCUCCCAGAGGUGGAGCUCACCUGUGCCAUCUGCUGCGACAUCUUCAGAGAUCCAGUGGUCCUCAAGUGCAGCCACAGCUUCUGCUCACCCUGUCUGCAGCAGUACUGGGGGCGUGGACGCAGCCGGGACUGCCCCCUGUGCAGAAACCAGUCAGUGGAUGACCCGGUGCCCAGCCUGACCCUGAAAAACCUGUGUGAUGCGUUUGUCCAGGAGAGCGAGGGGGCGGAGGAAACGGGAGGAGGAGGAGGAGAACUGUACUGCGAUCCAGGAGAGAUGUGUCUCCUUCAUGGAGAGAGGCUGAAGCUUUUUUGCCUGCCUGACAAGGAGCCCAUCUGUGUGGUUUGCCACACCUCCAGGAAGCACAAACAGCAUGACUGCUGCCCUGUCAGUGAGGCUGUUGUAGAUGUGAAGGUAAAUACUGCCUUCAAUUGCUCAGUAGCUUUCCAGAGAUAUUCUGAUACGUAUUUUCUACACAAUACUUGUUCAGAUACUUAGAUUUAAGUAUCAGCUAGACCAGUGGUUCUCAACUGGUGGGUCCCAACCCAUAAGUGGGUCAGUGGGUCAGUGGGUUUAUUUUGAAAAAUAGCUUAUUUUGAAAGGCACGCGUUAUGUAGUGCUCCUCCUCAGUUUCUUAUUAAUGUGGCCUGAUUGCAGUAAAAGUACAUGUUUUUUUGAGGUCUUUGUUUUGUACAAUUUGAUAUUAGAUAUUUUCUGUAUGCAACUUAAGUAGUUGUAGUAGGUUUUUUAUUUAUUUUUUUGUUUUUGUUUUUUUAAUAAAUUUGUUUGGUUUGAAUUUUAUAAAAGUGGGUCACGACUUAAGAACCAUUGGAAAAUGAGGGUCCCAGAGUGAGGACACACUGAGGUGCUGAAAAAUGGAGCCAAUGCAGAAGUGCAAAAAAACUGCAGGUCCUCGACUGUCUGGCUGCAAAAGUCAACGAAUCUCUGUCUGUUGUAACAUUGUGAGAAUAACUUUACAGUUAAGCCACAGGUUAAUAUGAGGAAAGCUGAAGUGAAGUUGUAGUUUUGCUGAGUGACUGACCUGUUUUGAAGGGGUUAGGUUAUCAGAAGAGUAGCUUGUAUCAAAAUCAGGAACAUGGAGCGUCCUGUUCAAUAAAAGUAGAACUUUGGAUGAAAAAUCUUCUUUGUUUUUAAUAAAGCGAUCUAGGCUGCUGAUCCAGUUUUCCCCUUCACAACAACAAAAACAAAAACAAUAACUUUUUUCUCUCAACAAACAACUUUAUUCUCAUUUGAUUUACGAUUUUACUUUCGUAAGAUUUAUCACUAUUUUCAUAAGAUUCAUGACUUCUUUCCUGUAAGAUUUAUAAUUUUAUUCACAUGAAGUUUAUGGUGAUAUUCUCAUAGGAUCUAUGACUUUAUUCCCAAAAGGCUCUUGACUUUAUUCUUGUAAGAUUAAUUCACGUAAGGGUUCUCAAUAUCGCAGUGUUUCAUUCCUUAAUGCAGAUCCAAUAAUACCCUGUUGUAGCAUAUAUAACUUUAAUACAAAGGUAUGCAUAGAUAAGAGCUUUGUAGGGCAGUAAAGACAUGUUGGGACAUGGCAGAGAAGCAACAAGUUGACCCCGGGGUAAUGUUGACCGUGAUACAAGGUACAAAAUAGAAAGAGAAAAAGAUAAUAUGUUAUGUAUAGUGAUGAAGUGAUAGUUAAAAGUGCCAAAAAGUCUCAAAGGAGAGCAUGAGAUCUGGUAUGGUACAAAACUAUAUGCUGCAGAAGUUAUAAUAUGUGUGCCCUGGUAUAAAAUGCAGUGUGAUGAUGUUAUGUGCUUAUUGUGCAGAAUAGUGUUGUUAUACAGAGAUUGAUGGGAUGAUUGUUUGGUCUUUCUGCUGUAAUUUCUGCAGUACUAGAUGCCAUAGUAUUGAAGUCAGCAUUGCAACACCCCCAAUGCCUUCCCUUGACUCUCUGAUAACAGCUAUUUUUAAAUAUAUCUUAAAAAGGCCCUCAAAUAAAUUUCUGUUUGUCAUACACUCAGGAAAAAAUGAAAUCAACCCUCACAUCUCUGCAAGAAAAGAAGGACGCAUUCGACAAAAUGAGGAAAAACUACGAGGACACAGUGGCGUACAUUCAGGUGACAAUGACACAGUGUUUGUGAAUUUCUCUAAUGGUGUACGAUUACAGGCUGAGGGAUCAAAACAUCUUUGAAAAUGAGCUUUUUUGGUUGUAUAAUGGAAAGAAAGACAACCAAAAGAAGACAAUGUAGAUUUGAUUGUUCUUAAGUAUAUUGGGCAACUUAGCCUAAACAGCCGACUGAUAAUAGUAAUGUAUAAAAUAUAAUGUAAUAUAUAUAUUUUAUAACAUAUAAAAUGUCAAUUCUUUCUGGUGUUGCAUUAUUUGUGUGAUUUUGUAGUUGUUUUGAGGCUUCAACAUGUACUUUCUAAGCUGGACACUUCUUUUUCUCAUUAUUUUUUCAGAUACCCUCUGUAUCUUGAGGUAGUGCUGCAAUUUUUAAAUCAUCUAAGAAUUCAUUUCUUCAGGUUCAGGCUCAGUUUGUGCAAAGGCGAACCCACGAGGAGUUUGAAAAACUUCACACCUUCCUAAGAGUCGAAGAGGAGGCCAGGAUGGAGGCACUGAGGAGGGAAGAAGAGCAGAAGAGUCGUGAGAUGAGGCAGAAGAUUGAAGAAAUCACCAGUGAGAUAACAUCUGUGUCUGAAUCAAUUCGGCUUUUAGAGGAGGAUCUCGCUUCAGAGGGCAUUUCUAUCCUCAAAGUAAGUUUGUAGAUGUUUGAAUGACUCCACUGAUGUUUGCCUAAAAGUUUCCUCCUAAGUUCUUUCGUGGAUUUGCCUUUUUUUAUCUUUUCAGAACUGCAGGAGGACCCUGACAAGGUGAAGCAAACUUUUAUCUUUUAAACUUUUCCUUUUUGCUUUUAUAACAGGAUAUUGAAACUUUGCGACUCUGUUUUCUGUAGAGUAAACUGCCAAGUUGAAAAUCCAGCCAUGGCUCAUGGAUCGCUUAUAGAUGUGGCGAAAUAUUUAGGCUCUCUGACGUUCCACGUUUGGGAAAAAAUGCACAAAACCAUCAAAUACAGUGAGUGCAUUUUCCAGCAUGAAAUUCAGAUCAUAGAGAGGUUUGUUCCUCAAACUGUCAGAUGCAGUUUCCCUCGUUUUUAGGAACUUGUGGGUUGAAUACGUGCCAAAGAUGCAAAAUGAGAUAGAGUCCUAGUUCCUGACAACCUGCCAUGUUCUCCUCAGCCCCAGUGACUCUCAACCCCAACACGGCGGCUCCUUGGCUCGUCUUGUCAGAUGAUCUCACCAGCGUCUGUGACAGUGAGGAGAAGCAGAAGCUGCCCGACAACCCGGAGAGGUUUGACCCCGAUACAGCUGUCCUGGGCCGCGAGAGCUUCACCUCUGGGAAGCACACCUGGGAUGUCGGUGUGGGAGACAACACGGCGUGGGUGGUCGGAGUGGCGAAAGAAUCGGUCGUGAGGAAAGAGAAAGUGUCUUCAGUGCUCAAGAACGGGUACCUGUGCGUGUACUUCUACCACAAUAUGUACUUUGCGGGUACUUCUCCGUUAACAAGGCUCAGCUUAAAGAAGAAUCCACAGAAGGUCCGGGUGCUCCUGGACUGUGAUAAGGGCAGGGUGUCUUUCUAUGAUCCUCAAGACAACACGCACAUCUACACUUUCAAACACGCCAUCACUGAGAAGGUGUUUCCGUACUUCUGGGUGGGUUGUCAGAAGUGUCCUUUGAUUGUGGAACCACGGGAGGUUUCUGUGAAAGCUGUUGAGUAUUUCUAAAAGUACAAACCAAUGGGAGGUCAUUCAGAUUUAACAUGUAUGAAGUGGGCGCUCAGAAUCUGAAAUCAACUCAUUGAUUUCAUUCAUCAUCAUGCGACUUUGUCAUGUACUUCGUUAAUCACCCAAGUUUAAUCUUUGCACUUUGAACCACUAAUGAUUUUUCAACUUUCUUGUCUAUAGCCAUAACAUGGUUUAUUUUAUAAUAGUGAUGUGUGGCCUGAGGGUAUGUUACUGAAUUGUGGCUUUUGUUUGACUAAUCCAGUUUUGUGUUACUGAACCUGCAUGUCAGACAUUAAAUGUUGGUCCAUUUGAACAACUGAACUGUGUGUAAAACAAAUUAUGCCUUAUGAGCAAAUAUGAAUUAUAUUUCAAAUGCUACUUUAAUAAAUAGAUGGAUUACAAAUGAAAA